CCCAACAAAUAACCAAACAGCAAACACAAUUCAUAAUUUUAAAUGAACUUGAAGGUGUUUUAACAAUAAUUGAAAAUUGAAAUUCCUACUUUUAGUAUUUAGCAAUGUUUAUUGUGAAAGAGAACUGUAGAUUAUGUCAGAAAAAUGAAGGCAUUAUACCUCUAGAAGAAGAUAUAUCCAAAUUGAUAUUUAAAAUUACACUUAUAGAAGUGAAUCUAAACGCAUUUCAACUUUUACCAAUUGCCAUUUGUGUGCAUUGUAACAAUAAAAUUUUAGAAACGAAUUUGUUUAUAUCAGAAAUUCAAAAUGUAAAUAAAUGUCUUUUAAGCUGUUUAGAACAAAAAUGUUUAAAUUUUAUCGACGAAAGUAGGGAUAAUACUAAUGAAGAAAUACAGAAAACUAGUCUCAAUAAUAAAAUAAGUCCUUUUGUAUGUCUAAUUUGUUCUAAAUCUUGUAGAAAAUUAUCAACUUUUAGAAAACAUAAAAAGACUCAUCCGGAAUUGUAUUGUUCUUUAUGUAAAACAUUCUUUGAAACGCCUACGAAUUCCAACAAUCAUAAAUGUGAGAAAAUCAAAAGAAAAAAAGACCCAGAUCUUCAACAUUCCAUUGAAGAACCUAAAGAAAUUUGUGAAAAUGAAAUCAAGUUUAAAUGUAAAAAAUGUGAAAAAACUUUUGUAGAUGAGAAAAGUUAUACAACUCACUUGAAAGUUCAUAAUAUAUAUACAUGUUCUGUGGAAACUUGUUUGAAGGUGUAUACGACUGCAUACUCACUUAAAAUGCACAAAUUAAUUCAUGAAGGAAAGAGGUCCUACUUGUGUGCUAGCUGUGGAAAAGACUUCGUUUUUAAAAAAUCCCUAAUCUGCCAUGAAAAAAUCCAUUCUUCUGUAAAAGGGCAUACAUGUGAACCUUGCAAUCUAAGCUUUUCAGUAAGAAGUAAUCUUCGUGCUCAUCUCAAAAGAUACCAUGAAGGCAUAAGAUACCAUUGUUCACAAUGUCCAAGAGAGUUUCUCACCAAAUGUAGCUUAGAUCGACAUGAACUAAUACAUACAGGUGUCAAAGAAUUCAAAUGUGGGCAAUGUACGUCUGCAUUUUAUACUAAAAAGGAGUUGUUGAAGCAUCAGAGGUAUCACCAGGGACUGAAGCAACACAAAUGUGAACAGUGUUUCAAGACUUUCUUUGAACGUCACCAUCUCAUCAUACAUCUGAGAAGUCACAGUGGGGAAAGACCGUAUGUAUGUGCCAUUCCUGAUUGUGGAAAAUCAUUUUAUGAUAGUCAAAAAUUGAAAAGGCAUCAAAAAGCCAAACAUCUUUCAAAAUAAAAAUUAGUUAUUGAAAUUUUCGCAAAAAGCAUAGAGAUUUUACAAUGAGCAAAAGAGAGUUUUGUUUUACGAAGUGGAAAAUGCGUUCUACAAGAUGUAUAAUAUUCUUUAUAAUUUUUUAUAGUAAAAAUAAAGAUAUGCAUCCUGUUUUAAGAUAUCAUAUUCAUAACUUUUUUUUAAUAUAACUUUAAUUUAUUUGUCCAUUGUAUGUUACUAUAUUAUUUUGAUUAUCAUUGGAUUGUGAUAUUAUCUUUUUAGUAAUCUUUAUUUUGUAUUUUUUUUAUUCACUUAUAUUAUUAAUUCUAAAUUGUUAAAAUGUAGAAUAAAAACAUUUUGAUAA